AUGUCCACCCCGUCCACGGCGACUGCAACUCAUCCCACAACCCAGCACUACGGAUAUCCCCAUUCUUCCUACCAACCCACCGCGUCGUAUCCUAACCCGACCAGCGCGGCAGGGGCUCGCCUCGCAAAUCCGUACCUCACGUAUUCCAUUCCCUCGCCCACCACCAACCCCCAUUCCUCCAACUCCUCCACCGCGGUGCCCUACGGCCAAUCUACGAGAGCCGCCCCGGCCACCUCUUCGCAGCCUUCGACACAAGCGGCCAUGGCAUCAACACAGAGCGCCCACGGCGCCACUGCGUCCCAGGGUGGUCGGAGAAAGAAACCCGAUUGGGGUGAGUUCUACAAGAAUGGAAUUCCCAAGGAGGUCAUCGUGAUCGAUGACAGCCCGGCCCCAGAAUCUUCCAAGACCGCAACGGCCACGGGGCCAGCGGCAGCGGCAGCACCCUCAUCCACUGCUCCUGCACACGGCGUCCCGGCUCCUGGCCAGCCGCCAGUUGCCCAACCUGCCGGCAAAAGGCGUCGUACGGGGAUCGAGACGGCAUAUGAUUUGGGAUACUAUGAUCGCCCUUCCUUCUCAAUAAACCCCCAACAAUACGGAGAAGAAUCCCCCGCACAUUCUUUGUCUACCGAUCGGACAACGUCACUUCACACAACGGCCCCGACUUCGCUCGGAUCACAAGGGAGUACCGGUGCCAGCAAUGGGGUGUACUACGACGAGGCCUCGGUGGGCCAAAAGCGCAAGCGGACCACGCGCAAGUCCACUCGCGACGAACAAAAACGCCGCGAACUCGAGACUGCGCCGGAAACCCUCCCUACUUAUAUCCCUCCCUCCAAACCGAUCAUCAAGGCCAAGGAUGUGCCUGUUCCCGUGGUUCGAGACUACGCGAGUGGUCGUCACGAAAAAUUCGACGAUGACGACGGUCAUUACAUUGUGACUCCCGACACGCCAUUGACAGAGCGAUAUUCGAUCAUCAAACUCCUCGGUCAGGGUACCUUUGGCAAGGUUGUUGAGGCUUACGACAAGCAGCGCAAGUCUCGAUGUGCAGUGAAGAUCAUUCGAUCCAUUCAAAAAUAUCGAGACGCUUCGCGCAUUGAGCUGCGUGUCUUGUCCACGCUGGCCUCCAACGAUCGCGUCAACCGCAACAAGUGUAUACACCUGCGAGAUUGUUUUGACUUUCGAAAUCAUAUUUGCAUCGUGACCGAUUUGUUGGGCCAAAGUGUCUUUGACUUCCUGAAAGGUAAUGGCUUUGUGCCAUUUCCGAGCAGUCAAAUCCAGAGCUUUGCCCGUCAAUUGUUCACCAGUGUGGCUUUCCUGCACGACCUCAACCUCAUUCACACCGAUUUGAAGCCCGAGAACAUCCUUCUUGUCAGCAGCGCCUACCAAACAUUCACCUACAACCGCACCAUUCCAUCUUCCUCCCACGCCAACCCUCGCAAUGCCCGCCAGCGUCGUGUUCUGCUGGACAGUGAAAUUCGUCUGAUUGACUUUGGGUCCGCCACGUUCGAUGACGAGUAUCAUUCUUCGGUCGUGUCAACCCGCCACUAUCGGGCGCCCGAAAUCAUCCUGAAUCUGGGGUGGAGCUUCCCUUGUGACAUCUGGAGUAUCGGCUGUAUCCUGGUCGAAUUCUUCACUGGAGAUGCCCUCUUCCAGACCCACGACAACCUUGAGCAUCUCGCCAUGAUGGAAGCCGUGAUUGGCGCUCGGAUUGAUUCUCGGAUGGUUCGCCAAGUGGUGCAAGGUCGUGCUGGUAACCACAAUGCCGCUACCAAGUAUUUCAACCGAAACAAGUUGGACUAUCCAAACAGCGAGACCACCCGGGCGUCGCGCAAAUACGUUCGUCUGAUGAAGGCGCUUACUGAGUUCAUCCCGACCAACACCCAAUUCAAUCGUCUCUUCCUGGACCUCCUCCAGAAGAUCUUUGUCUACGACCCCAAGCAACGGAUCACGGCCAAGCAGGCCUUGAAGCAUCCUUGGUUCAAGGAAUCUCUUAUCGACGAUGGGACUGAAGCCUACCGAAUCGGCAUGGGUCUCCAGCGUCAAGCGGCACCCCGCUAA